AUAUGCAUACAGUAUAAGAAGUUAUGGAAGAAGUGGAUGAGAGUUCAUUUAAAAAAAAAAAGUAUAUAUAAAUUAAAUGGCAUCAUAUAUAUAUAAUAUAGAUAUGACAACUACAAGUCAAAGUUAAGGAAAUGCAUAGUUAGGACUAGCGGUUCUUUAAUUUGUUGUUUUGCAGGCACUAGCUGCAGCACUGGACAUGGUGCAGCUUGCUAGCAUGCGAAAUAUAAUGCAGACAAAAUUUAUGAACCCAUCCCAUCCCAUCCCAUCCAAUCCAAUCCAUCCACCACCAUUUCUAUCUGCUUACGCCGUUCCUUCUUCUCUUCUAGCCCAGUAUGUCUAAAGAGCAACAGCAGCAGCAUCUACAAAAGAAACGCUCAAAGAUGAGCAGCAAUAACCAGAGUUGCAGCAAUACUGAAGAGGUAAGCAGCAUGGAGUGGGAAUUCAUAAACAUGAGCCAGCAAGAAGAAGACCUUAUUUAUAGAAUGCACAAGAUUGUCGGCGAUAGGUGGGCAUUGAUAGCGGGGCGUAUACCCGGCAGAACAGCGGAGGAAAUAGAAAGGUUUUGGAUAAUGAAACACAGUGAUGCUUUUGCCCACAAAAGGCACCCAACAUCACCUACAACACAUCAGAUCGAUCAGAUCACAUAAAUCUUAGCUUAUUAGCAAACUACUAUAUAUAUUGCCCGAUGUACGUACGUGUUUCCCGGCCCUAUAUAAGUAUAUAUGGUCCACGUACGUACGUAUGUUUCUCAUUUCAUCUCAUCUGGAACUUACUAGUUAUUUUGAAUU